CUUAAAAUUAAAAAAUGAUACGUACAACAACCAAAUCUCACUCUCCCACUCCUGACGAUGAUCUGAACGCACUAUCACCACCCUCUAUUCGUCGACGCCGGACGCUGUCGUCGGCAUGUGGGUUGCUGCUUCCGCGAUCGUCGUUGCUUCCGAUCGUUGCCGCUUCCUAGAUAGCCGCCACUUCCUCGAUCGUCGCCGCUGCAUCCUCAAUCGCCGCCGCUUCCUCUAUCGCCAAAACUUCCUCGAUCGCUAUCGCUUCCUCGAUAGGCGCCACUUCCUUGAUCGUCGCCGCUGCAUCCUCAAUCUCACUGUUAGGAGGAUGGGUAGGCGUAAGAGGCUAUGCAUCACCUCAACUGAUAUCCCUAUUGACAGUGAGAUACAUGAUCAAAGUUCUGAGUUUUCUGCAACUGAUAUCCCUACUGAAGGAGAUCAAUCAGGUCAUGCACAAACUACUGAAGGAGGCCAGUCUACUGCUGAAGAACACAGCUCUACUGAAGGAGGUGCUCAAAAGAAGGUAAGGGGUUAUACUCAAAAGACCGAGACAUGGAGCAUGACUAGCUCCCAAAAAAUAGUAGUGACAUUUAAUAGGUUCGGAAAACCGGUAGGAGAUGAAGGAAAUGAACUCGUACAAUAA